AUGCAAAGGCAUAGCUUCACUGCCCUCAACUCAACCUUUGUGGUUGAUUCUGAAUACCAGUUCGUGAAAGAACUCGGCCAGGGCGCGUAUGGUUGUGUUGUCGCCGCUAGGCACCGUCGGUCAGGAGAGGGAUGUGCUAUCAAGAAAAUCACUAACAUCAACACUAAGCGAAUUCUUACCAAACGAUGCCUUCGAGAGAUAAGACUCCUCCACCACUUUCGUGGACACAAAAAUAUCACUUGCUUGUACGACAUGGAUAUUGUUUUUCAACCAAACGGCAAUUUCGAUGAGGUUUAUCUCUAUGAAGAGCUCAUGGAAGCCGAUUUACAUGCGAUUAUUCGUUCAGGUCAACCUUUGACGGAUGCCCAUUUUCAAUCCUUCAUUUACCAGACAUUGUGUGGUUUGAAAUAUAUUCACUCGGCCAAUGUUUUACAUCGUGACUUAAAACCUGGAAAUCUUCUUGUCAAUGCCGAUUGCGAACUCAAGAUUUGUGAUUUUGGCCUUGCUAGAGGAUAUACCCCGGGUGGAGGUACAUCAAAAGCUGCUGGAAAUCAAGGAUUUAUGACCGAAUAUGUGGCAACUCGAUGGUACCGCGCUCCGGAAAUCAUGCUGAGUUUCGCCAAUUAUUCAACCGCAAUUGAUGUAUGGUCCGUAGGUUGCAUUCUCGCUGAACUCUUGGGAGGAAAACCUAUCUAUAAAGGAAGGGACUAUGUUGAUCAGCUCAACCAAAUUCUUCACUAUCUCGGUACACCGUCAGAAGACACCCUUCGACGGGUGGGAUCACCUCGUGCUCAAGAUUAUAUCCGAUCUUUACCCAUUAAACCAAGAGUUCCCUUUUCUACUUUAUUCCCUCAAGCCAACCCUUUGGCCAUUGACUUGCUGUCACAAAUGCUAUGCUUCGAUCCUGCUAAGCGCAUGAGUUGUGAACAAGCCUUGAAUCACCCUUACCUCCAGGUUUGGCAUGAUCCUGCUGAUGAGCCAAUUUGUGAAGCAAAAUUCGAUUUCGGUUUUGAGGAGGAGGACAGUAUUGAUGGCAUGAAGAGAUUGAUUAUCAACGAAGUCAAUUCAUUCCGUGCAGAAGUUCGCGCCCAGGCGAGAGCCGCCGGACAGAUCCGUCGUCAAGAGAGUUUACCAAUCCCAAGCCGGGAAGAAAUCCUAAGCUCUCCUGUGCAGGAGUAUGGACCUCAUCACGGAGCCACAUCCAGUUUUACGGCUGCUCAUUCUGCCCCACGACCCCCAAGCCCCAUCAUGGACGAUCCCAGUGAAGAACUCGAACGUGAACUUGCUGCCAGCGUUAAGAGAUAG